AUGGCAGGCGUAUGGAAGGAGACGCCAGAUGAGGAUUACCUAAAGUACUUAUUGGUUUGGGUUCGGAUUCGCAAUAUACCGGUGAAUCACUACACGGCAGAGGCUAUUACUGCUCUGGGGGAUAUCAUUGGGAGAGUGGAUGUGUUUGCUUUUGACCCAGAUAAACCGCAGACAAAUGCUUAUGUUCGUGUGAGGGUCUUCUUUGACGUCUCAAGACAUGUGAGAAGAUCAAAAGUGGUGAACCGACCAAAAGGAGGUGGAUCGGAGCGUCAAGUGAAAGCAAAGGACUGGAGGAAAAAAGUUAAAGAGGAGAAUCAGAGGGAAGAAGAAGGUAAACAGACCUUUAUGGUCACUAUCGAGAAAGAUGAUCCUCUGUAUGGUGUUCUGAAUGACGAUCAAGUGGGUGUAGACAAAGCUACGGGUCAGAGGAAGAUCAACCAUGAGGUCCUACAACAGAUGAGGGAGUACAUUCUGGCUGCUGAAGGAGGUGAGAAGCGCGUAAGGCAGGAACGGGUUCGUAAAUCUGUAUCUGAUUUGGAUAAUGAUCCGUUAGGGCAGAAGAAGUUUCUGCGUCUUGAAGCUGCUCCUCCAAUAAUAACUCAUGAAGUGGACAAAGGGAAAGGUUUUGUUUUUGGUUACUCGAAACAGAAUGAACCUAACCACAGUCUGGACAAUGCAUCACGGGGUUCAAGUUCAUGGGUUGAGAAAGAAAAUGUUUCUUUGUUGUCAGACUCUGUUGAUCGUGUAGGCGAUAGAGCCUCAAAUUCAGCGGAGAAGGGGAAUAAUUUUUUCUUUGACUAUUCAACGGGUUUUAGUAGUGGUUUUUUCUGCUGCUAG